CUGCCGCAUGAGUUGCGUGGACCAACUUAAGUUUUAUUGAGUUUAUUCCUCUGUUUGCAUAGCUGUCUUCGAAGAAAUGGAACUUCAGAAUGGAUCCUGACGUUCGUGCUGCUGAACGGAUUAGCUUCUGUACAAAGUGAGGAGGGGUGCUAAAAGGAAUUCUCUCUGGGUUAAGCCCGAAUUAGUGAAGGACCCGCCCCAACGCGCUCUCGUUUAGGAGAUUUGCUCAUGCGCCUUGUUUCCCCCACUGUUCAGAGUAGAUUUGCAGAACCUCUUGGGCUCCCGAGGCGGUCCCUUGGUCUGUGUAUUACUACACAGUAGAGUUCCUACCGCUGCCAAGUACAGUGGUGUGUAUGACUAGUGCUGCUGCGGUAUAAGUAGGAAGUAAACGUGUAUGUUGUACCAUUGACAAGCAAGUAACCUUGUUUUACCGCACAACCAGUCCAAAGUUAACUAUAUUUCGUCAGGCCAGUGUGCAAGUUUACAAACCAGUGAGUCGAUUUGUUUCUACUGGUAUGAGAGUAUAGAUCCAGGUGACGGACAGUGGUAUCAUACGGUAUUGGUCACCAGAAGCGGCUGAAACGCGCGUGAGACAGUUACUAUACGCUGAAGAAAUUUUAACGUGGUGUAAAAAAACAAACAACGAUUCAUCUAAUGCCAUUUCCAAGGUUUUUCUUCUUAGCCUAAAGUGUCUCUUCCGUUAAGUUGAACGAGAUUUUUACCGCUACGUUGGCCACGGAAGAAGAGGGCCCAGAGACUCUUCACUCGGCCCCAAGGCUGAAAAUCGAACGGACAUUCGGCCACAUACGCCGUCUUCAGCGGAGCAUCUGGACGGCAGCCUAUGCCGACGUAGUGCCGUGUUGUCCUCUGUACAUCAUGGCCCGUCGGCUGUUGCUUCCGCUGGCUGUGCUGCACGUGGCCCUGUUGCUGGUUCUCUUCCAGUGCCUCGCGCCCGGCCGAGCCAAACGGCUGUCACAGUGCCCCGUGGAGUGUGAGUGCCGUGGCAGGACAAUAGAAUGCAGCAACCGUGGAUUACAGUUUGUGCCAAGAAAUCUGCCACCCGAGGUCAAACGAAUAGAUCUGGAUCAUAACAACAUCACUUCUAUCAGGGCGGAAGAUUUUCAAGGUCUUCACAGGCUCAAAAUCUUACAGCUGAGAAACAAUGGAAUCGUCACCAUUGAACGAGGAGCGUUUCGAGAUACCGUUUCUCUGGAGCGUUUGAGACUUAACGGGAACAAACUUCCAUCUUUACCCGACAUGCUGUUCUCCACUACACCCAAAUUGAACCGGUUAGACCUCAGUAACAACAAACUGACCGCCAUCGGAGCGAAAACACUUCGCGGUGCUCCAAGGUUAUUGAACUUGCAGUUUGACAACAACGAGAUUGCUUGCAUUGACGAUGCAGCUCUCCGAGGACUCCAUCACCUGGAAAUUCUCACGUUGAACAAGAACAAUCUCACGACUUUAGGAAAAAAUCUUUUUGAAAAUAUGAAGAAGCUGAGAAUCAUGAGGAUAUCGGACAACCCCUUCACCUGCGACUGUCACCUCUCCUGGCUAGCCAGGUGGUUGAGAAGUAACCCCCGCUUAGGGCUCUUUUCACGCUGUGCUCUACCUUUCUACCUCAAGAACAAAGACGUCGCAUCUUUAGAUGAAUCUUACCUCAGGUGUAACGGUGUGGAGGAAACCCCUAGUGGUUGCCAGACAGAACUAAUGUGUCCUCACCCUUGCACUUGUUUUGAUGGUGUUGUCGAUUGUCGAGACAAACAGUUGAAGAGAAUCCCUGACCGCAUACCCGAGUCAGCAACAGAGCUGAGAUUAGAACAGAACCAAAUCACCGAGAUAACACCCGGAGCGUUCGCCUUGUACCCACGAUUAAGGAGAAUAGAUCUGAGCAGCAACCAGAUCGGUAUUAUUGCCGGAGACGCCUUCCAUGGUUUAAAGCACCUUACAUCUCUGGUCUUGUACGGUAACAAAAUAGCGGAUCUCCCCAAGGGAACGUUCAAAGGAUUGACGUCUUUGCAGUUACUAUUACUCAACGCAAACAAGAUUGGUUGUAUUCGAAGAGACGCCUUUGCUGAUCUACACAACUUGAAUCUGUUGUCGCUGUAUGACAACAAUAUCCAGUCUCUAAGCAACGGGACGUUCUCAGCUCUACGCAACAUCCAAACCAUGUAAGUAUGUACAUAGUGGCAUCUCUUCUUCAUUAAUUCGGCAAAACUGUGUUUUCUAUCUUCACCUGCAUCAGGUUUUCGUGAAAUUUCUUAAGCUUGAAUAUAUUUUAAAAACAUUGGUCGAAAAGCAGCGAGACAAU